AUGGCGUUUCCGUUCCGCGACAUCAAUGUCCAGGUCAGCCCCGACUCCUAUGUCUUCAAGUCGCCGUCCACGCCCAACGCCCCGGCCCUGACCAUCGACCGCCCGACCGGCGAGGUCCGUCUCAACGAUGCGGCGCUUCUGUCUGGCAAGCGUGUGACGCGCGUGUUCAGCAUCAAGGGCAUCCUCGGCAUGAUCCAGCUGCGCCUGGACAAGUACGUCAUCGUCAUCACCAAGGACGAGCACGUCGGCCGCCUCAAGGGCCACAUGGUCCACCGCAUUGUGCAGGUCGAUGUCUUGCCCGUCCACGAGCGCCAGCUGAGCGACCCGGACGAGGACCGCUUCCUGAGCCUGCUGCGUGGCUUUUUGAAGUCCGGCUCCAUGUACUUCUCCUACACCCUCGACCUCACCAACAGCUUCCAGCGCCAGGUCGCGCAGCAGGACGCCGCGAGCGCGGCCGGCCACGCCGAGGCCCCGCUCUGGAUGCGCGCCGACGACCGCUUCUUCUGGAACCGCUUUGUGCAGUCGGACUUUGUCGAGUACCGCCACCGCGGCGCCCGCGGCCAGCUCGGCGUCCAGGCCGGCAUCGAUCCCUACAUCCUGCCCGUCAUGUUCGGCAUGCUCGAGAUCCACCCGACGACCUUCCGCGGCCGGCCGCUGACCAUUGCGCUCAUCACCCGCCGCUCGCGCUUCCGCGCCGGCACGCGUUUCUUCUCGCGCGGCAUCGAUGAGGAUGGCCACGUGGCCAACUACAACGAGACCGAGCAGAUCGUCGUCCUCAACGACAGCGGCCAGAGCAACCUGGCCGGCUACUCGGGGACCGGCGACAUGCAGACGGGUCGCCAGCUGGUGGGCGAUGCUGGCAACAAAACCGCCGGCACCGAGACCCAGAUCCUGUCGUACGUGCAGACCCGGGGCAGCGUGCCCGUCUUCUGGAGCGAGAUCAACAACCUCAAGUACACGCCGCGUCUGGAGGUGCGCGGCGAUGCCGGCGGCAUCGAGGCCGCCUUUCCUGCCGCCAGCGCCCACUUUUCCGAACAGGUGCGCAUCUACGGCGACAACUACCUCGUCAACCUCGUCAACCAAAAGGGCCGCGAGCGCCGCGUCAAGGAGGCCUAUGAGAGCAUGAUCAAGUUCUUCCAGGGCGGCGCCGCCGGACGCGGCGGCAGCAGCAGCAGCAGCAAGGAGCUCAGCGAGAAGCUGCACGCCCUCGACGGGACCACCCCUGCGGCCGCCGCAGCCGCAGCGUCCCGCCGCGGUGGCAGCGUGGGCGGUUUCGCCGAGAGCCAAAAGUACACGCAGAGCCAGCUGGACCGCGUGCACUACAUCUACUUUGAUUUCCACAGCGAGACCAAGGGCCAGCGCCUCGACCGCGCCAAGCUGCUGCUCGACCAGAUGCACGAUGCCCUCAUUGCCCAGCAGUACUUCCGCGCCGCGGACCUGCCUGGCCACGGCGGCGUGGCCGCCCGCCUGGAGCCCCGCACCGUGCAGACGUCUGUCGUGCGCACCAACUGCAUGGACUGCCUCGACCGCACCAACGUCGUCCAGAGCAUGCUGGCCCGCUGGACCCUCGAGCGCAUGUUUGCCGAUCUCGGCAUCAUGGCCCGCGGCGGCACGCUGGUGGACCAGGACCCGGCCUUUGAGGUGCUCUUCCGCAACCUGUGGGCCGACAACGCCGACCGCGUCGCCGAGAGCUAUGCGGGCACCGGCGCCAUGAAGACGGACAUGACGCGCCUCGGCCGACGCACCAAGGUGGGCGCCCUGCGCGACGGCCAGGUCGCCAUCACGCGGUACUGCCGCAACAACUUCUUGGACGGCCCCCGCCAAGACGCCUUUGAUUUGUUCUUGGGCGCCUACGCGCCCAGCGAGGCCACCGCCCACUUCGUAUUUGCCGAUCGCCGCCCCGUGCUGAUUCAGGCCGUGCCCUACGUGCUGGCCUUUGCCGUCUUCUUUUUGCUGGUCGGCCUGUUUACGAGACGGCUGCCCGACGCGGCCGUGCUGCCGAUGCGCUUUUUCCUGCUGUUCUGGGCCGCUGUGGCCGCCUACAGCGGCCGCUUUGUCCUCCGCAGCGGCGAGCUGUACGUCAACUGGCCCAAGCUGAUCCCGCGCCCGGCGUCGGUCGAGGACUACCACGCGGCCUUGACCAAGGCGCGCAAGGACAAGCUGCUGGGCGCCUUUGUGGCCCGCCACGAGCGCGGCCUCAGCACCGCGCGGUAUAUGAGUGCCGAGGAGGGCAAGAAGAGGAUUGAGUAG